AUGGCAGCUAACAACGAUAGAACAUAUAUCAUACCCAGUCUUUUGAAGUCAGCUUACCAAGCAUGUAUCAAGAUCCACCGGGACAAGUACGACGAUUUGCCAGUUCCAGAUGUCGACUUGCAAUCUUGUUGCGAGUCCAUUUACCGAAUUAUAAGACUGACCACGGAGAGUGGGAAUUUUGACUCAUUCGGCGAUAGGCGGUUCAUGUAUGAUAAAGUGCAGAAUUAUGCUUAUGACGAGUCAUUGAAAAACAUAUGUGAAAAGGCUGCAUCUUUCGGACACAUUGAUUGUCUGAUGUUGGCUCGCGAGAUUGGCGUUCCCUGGUCCGAUUCGGACGAGCGCGGUCAAUCGGCGUGCACUCAGGCUGCGGGCUCCGGCAACCUAGAGUGUCUUAUUUAUGCCCAUGAAAACGGAAGUGAUUGGGAUGAAAGAACGUGUUCUGAUGCUGCGAUGAAUGGAAGCCUGGCAUGUCUCAAAUAUGCUCAUGAACAAGGGUGCCCGUGGGAUGUGUCUACGUGUCGUAACGCUGUGACAAUGGGAGAUCUUAACUGCCUCCGUUAUGCUCGGGAGAAUGGAUGUCCAUGGGAAGAAGAAACAAUAUGUGCUCGUGCUGCAUUUAGUGGACGCCUUGAGUGUUUGAAGUAUUUACACGAAAGUGGAUGUCCAUGGGACAGGAGUACGUGUUAUGCUGCUGCAAAAAAUGGAUAUCUAUAUUGUCUGAUCUAUGCUCAUAGAAACAGAUGCCCGUGGGAUAAACGGACUUGUACUGCGGCUGCGAGUGGUGGAUUUCUGGAAUGUCUCAGAUACGCGCAUGAAAAUGGGUGCCCGUGGGAUGAUGAAACAUGUUAUGAAGCUGCAAUAAAUGGACAUUUGGCUUGUCUGCAGUAUGCAGAAGAAAAUGGUUGCCCAAAUCUGAUGCUCAGAAUGAAUUGGUGA